AUGUCCAGCUGGAAGAAAGCAGCAAAGUCGAACCAGAAAGUGCACCGGGAACGUGCCCAGCCCUCUGCUCGCCAGCAUCUUGGGCUGCUGGAGAAAAAGAAAGAUUACAAGCAACGUGCGAGGGAUCGCAAUGCGAAGGAAACCACACUGAAAUUGUUGCGGAAGCGAGCACUGAAUAAAAACCCCGAUGAAUUCUAUCACCAUAUGAUCAACUCCAAGAUACAGCAAGGCGAACAUCAUGAAAUAGAAAAAGGCGACGAGUUUACGAAGGAUCAGAUCAAACUGAUGCAAACGCAGGACCUGAAGUAUAUCACAAUGAAACGCACGAUGGAGGCGAACAAAAUUCAUCGCUUGCAAGGACAACUGCACAUGACCGACGUGGUAAACGAAACGCCCAACAAGCACAUUUUCUUCGUGGAGGACGAACAGGAAGCGAAUGAAUUUGAUUUAGCCAAACGGCUCGAUACACACCCGGAUUUAAUCGGGCGUCGCUCCAACCGACCCCGUUUAAAAGAUUUGGAAAAACUGAAACUGGCCAACGUCAGCGCGGAAAAAAUCGAAAGGAUCAAUCACGAACGUGGUCUGUCGUACGGAGAGUUGAUGCGACGCAUAGACCGUGAAAAGGAACUAACAGUUGCACAGAAAACGCUCGAAAUAAGGCGUAUAUUGAAGCAGAAGCGAGCUCUAAAGCCGAAAUUGGUCACUAAGGGCACGCCUCAUCAAGCGCCACAGUUCAAGUUUAAAUUUGAAAGAAAGCGGUGA